AUGGAAAGAAAAGCAAUAGACCUGUUAAUCUUCAUUCCAGAGCAGCCAACUUACUGAAUAAUUGCCCCAGAUACUCUAAAAGAGCUCCUAGAAAUGGUCUCACGGCAAAUCCAUUUAGACCCUUCUCAAUUCCACAUAAUGUACGAAAGGAGAGGAAACCUUGUCAAAAUAAUUGACGAAAGGACCUAUUCUUCUAUCAUAAGUCGGUCAAUUUCAUCAUCCCUCGAUGAAAUUUCUUUUACUGUCCAAUUUGUUAAAAAAUCAAUCACAGCACUACAUGAGCCGAUAGCAGACUUAUUAGUCUCAAGCAUUCCUCAAGAAACUGCUCAAGCCUCAACAGAAGACACAACUCAAGAAAGCAGCUUUAAAAUUGAGCGAAAAUUAUUAAACAUCCCUCGGAUCUGGGUCGAAAAUGACCCACAGUGGAUGGAUUCAGAUUCAAAUCCAAAGAUAAAUUCCAUCUCUGCCAAAAAAAAAUUGCUCUGCCCCAAAUUGACGAUGAAAUCGCAUGUAGACGGCAUUAGAGGGAUUCAUUUUUUUAACUCCAAAGCAGUUCUUGCAUCAGGAUCUGAAGACUGUAUGAUUAAGCUGUGGGAUUUGAGAAGCUUAAAAAAUGAAACUGAAGUAUGGGAUCCUUAUUUGACGUUAAGAGGACACAUAGGAGCUAUUUUAGCAAUCGCAGGAGGAUAUAGCUGGGGCGGCAUGAAUAUUAAUGAAAAUUUAUUGUAUUCAGCAGGAACUGAAGGAGUCAUAAAAAUAUGAAAAAUUCCGCACCCAGAUUCAAUUGAUAAUGAAAUUUCUUCAGAAGGAGAAACUUAUUGUCUUGGAACUUGGACUGGCCAUAAUGAUGCAAUAUGAAGUUUAAAUCACAGUCAAACUGAAAAUGCGCUGAUUUCUGCAAGUUCUGAUGGCUCAGUAUUACUGUGGAGAGCACUUGAAAUUUCAAGAUUAAAUGAAAAUUUAAGCUCAGGACGAAGGCAUGCUCCAUCAAGCAUUUUCAAUAUUCCGAACGAAAUCCCAACAUCUUGUACAUGAGUCCAAACAAACCUCCAAUACAUAGCGGUAGGCUAUAAUUCAAAUGCUUUGAGUGUUUUUAAUAGAGAAACAUCAAGGUAUUUUAGAAUUCCUUAUGCAGGAGAAUUACAAAGAUUUUGCCAUCAAGUCAAUCAACUGAUCAGUUCUUCUGCAAAUUCUUUGCUAAUUGCAGCACACGAUGAUAAAAGAAUAAGAUUUUAUGAUAUAAACUCUAACUCUUGCAUCAAAGAUAUGGUAGCUCAUACAGAUUCUGUGACUACAGUUUCAAUUGAUAAAUCAGGAUUUUAUUUAGUCUCUGGUGGACAUGAUGGAAGCUUGAGAUCAUGGGAUCUAAGGAAGUUUCAAUGCUUGCAAGAGCUUCCUGUGCAUAGAAAAAAGUAUGAUGAAGCCGUUCAUAUUGUUACACAUCAUCCAACUUUGCCUUUAUUAGCCUCUGGAGGGGCUGAUUGCUUAGUAAAACUUUUCGAAUUUAAAUAA